AUGGGAAAGAAGGCAGAACAUUUGAGAAGAAUUGAUAGUAAAGAAUAUUUAAAAUCUUACGGCUGGAAGGAAGGUGAAGCUUUGAAGAAUGGUGGGUUAAAGAAACCAAUUCUUGUUAAACAUAAAAGAGAUAGGAAAGGAUUGGGUACCACGCCUGGGAAUGAUGACUCAGAGGCGUGGUGGGAACGAUUGUUUGAUGGUCAGUUGAAGAGUUUGGAUGUUUCUACAGGUAAUAAAGCAGGUGAUGGGAUUGUUUUUAAACAAAAUAAGAUUGUUGUUAGUAGUGUAUCUAAACAGAACUCUCCAUUGUAUCAAUGGUUUGUAAAGGGAGAAGGUCUGAAAGGUACGAUAGAUAAUAAGUACUCACAAGAAGUUGAUACAAAAGUAGUAUCAUCUAAUAUAAUAAUAUCGGAUGUAAAGGAUAGUAAAAUGAAACAAAAGGAAAAGAGGAAGAGUGAAAAGAAGAAAUCUAGACGUAAAAGGUCAAGGAAGGACGAUAAUGACUAUGAUGAUAAAAAGGAUGGAUCUAGUAAAUCUAAAAGACAUAAGAAGUUUAGGAAAGAGAAAAAACAAAAAAGCGAUAAAAAAUCUGAAAAAAAAAAGAAGAAGAAGGAGCACAAGAAACACUGA